CUGCCACAAAGUGACCGCACACUCUCCACUGCCGGAGCGCUGAAGUACCGCAACAUAUACGAGGGUGUUGAGAGGCGGCAAGCGUUUCCAAAGGGUGCGUCGUUUCAGAUUUUCGAGUGGGUCUCAAGACUAACCAGAACAAUGGCGACACUUUUCCACGACGUCGAGGCUGCCCGUCUGCUCCUGCCCGGCCUGACAGUCGGCCGGCUCCUCGACGGCGCCCUCGCCCUCUUCUUCGUGCGGCUGCUGCUCGCCAUGGCCGCUCACCCGCAUAUGCUGCUUCCGCGGUACGGCCGCACCCACCGCCUCACCGGCUCGCUCCUGCUCCUUUACCUCAUGCUCGGCCUGGCCGACGUGCGGCUGACUCCGCUCCUCCGCCUCCGCGGCGCAUACGACGUCGGCCUGUCGCUUCUCGGCUUGGCCACCGCCUUCUCCGCUGCACGCGACUUUGGCUCUGCGCGGGUCCACCUGCGCGGCUCCGAGGCGUCCGGCAUUCUCGACGAGAAGGCGACGGUGAGCCGGAGCGAGAUGCUGGAGCACUGCUUCUACCAGCUUCUCAACCUCUGCCAGGUCGGCUUCCUGUACGCCUCAGCCGCGCUCCCGCACAGCCGCGCCGCGCGCACGGCGCUCGCCGCCGCGCUGCUGCUGCCGUGGCUGGCGCGGAGCCGCUUCCCGGUCAACAGCUUCUCGGCCAACUACAAGACGCCCGGCGUCGGAGGCACCACGCCGCUGAUCCGCUUCCUCUACCGCUUGAAGAAGUGGCAGUACCUGCUGUACAAGCACUUCCUGCUGCACGGGCUCAACGUCAGCGUCGCGAUGGGAGGAGGAGGAGGAGGAGGAGAGGGCGCGGCGCUGGUGGGGACGGCGCACUUCAGGCUGUACUGGCUCUGCCUGAACGUUGCUUACGUCUGCGAGUUCUUCAUGCAGACGCUGGUCAAGCGAGGCUACAUGAGCCAGCGGUGGAUGCUGGUGCUGCAGCAGACGCUGAUGCUCGUCAGCACGGCCGCGGCGCUGCAGGUGCUGCAGGCGGUGCGACCCCUUCCCGCGGUGCUCUCCUUUGCGCUCAACUUUCUCCGCCGCGGCCGCGAGGUGAGCAACGGUUGUAUAGUGAUUGGCGCGGCGGCGGCGUUAGAGUCGCUCGAGCGGUCACAAGGACGAGGCAACUGAUCACAGUUCCACACAUUCGCAUGCACCGUCUUCUUGUGUUGACGAUUGAUCUCGUUGCACACACGUACAAAUUAGAAGAAGGUGCGCCGCAC